UUUCCUGGCAGUGUUUCUUUUAGGUCUCUGAGGACGAGACCGAGAAGGUCGAGAGGCGAUUUGGGGGGAAGGAGAUGGCGUCGGUGGUGAGGGGAGUCGUCAAGGCGAUCAAAGAGAAGGGCUUUGGGAACUUCAUCCGUGAGCUCCGCGAGGAGGGUUACAUAAGAUGCCUUGCAGAUGGAAACCUACUGAAAACAAAAAUUUACAGCUUAGGUGCUACACCCGUUGGAGUUGAUAAAUUUGGAAACAAGUAUUAUGAAAAACUUGAGGGCACUCAGUUUGGAAGGCACAGAUGGGUGGAGUAUGCACAGAAGGGCCGCUAUAAUGCAUCUCAAGUGCCUCCAGAGUGGCAUGGUUGGCUGCAUUACAUCACCGAUCAUACUGGAGAUGAGCUCCUGAUGCUGAAACCAAAAAGGUAUAGUGUGGAACACAAGGAGAACUUCUCCGGAGAGGGUGAGGAAUUCAUCUAUCACUCCAAAGGUCACACUCUCAACCCCGGACAGAGGGACUGGACCAGGUACCAGUCAUGGCAGCCUGCAAAGAAAGAAUAGCACUCUUCCCUGGUCAUCGCCCCAAAUUUGAAAUUCCUUUCUUCGCAGUUUAUUCAAAAAAACCCGAAAAACUCAAAAUGCUAUUCUUGGCAAGAGAAAAACUGGCAGAAAUAAAUCUAGCCAAAUGUUACAAGAACAAAGUCCUUGUAAUGAACCCAUUUUGUUAUGUUAUGUUUGCCUCCCUGCUUACUGUUUGAUGUU